GGGGCAGCGUUCGCUGCUGGAUCGCUUAUCUGAGAUCUCAAAGUCCGCCUUUUGCCCGUGCGCUCUCCCCUCUCCGCGGACCUGCCAUGGAUGUUACUCCUGGAUGUGCAUUCUUCAUUAUUUUCCUUCACAUUCAGCACGCGGAUACUCUUUACAUCGCCAACAGUAUAGAUUCCCUGCAGCAUGUCCUGAGGGAAUACGGGCUAGUGAGGCCGGUGAGCGUGGAUGCAGACGGACGCUUCCUCUCCCACGCCAUCUCUACCAGCCAGUUGAGUGGGCAGGGGUCCCACCGGCGCAGGAGGAGGCAGGCCAACCAUCAUGGAGAGACCAGUGAGGAGACGAACUCAGAACAGGACCACCUGAGGCACAAGGAGACACUCUUUUAUAACGUCACUGUUUUCGGACAGGAGCUUCAUCUUCGCCUCAGGCUAAAUUCCAGGCUUGUGGCCCCUGGAGCCAAAGUGGAGUGGCUUGAGGACGAUAACCAAACCCACUCUGAGCCCUUGUUGCCCAGUGACUGUUUAUAUGUGGGUUAUGUUACCAAUGUGCAGGAUACAUCAGUGGCUAUCAGCAAUUGCGAUGGCCUGGCGGGAAUGAUCCGUGCAGGUCAAGAGGAGUUUUUUAUCGAGCCACUAGAGAGAGGAGGCGACAUGACAGGAGAGGAGGAAGGAGGACCCGGGCGUCAUCACAUCAUCUACCGCUCUUCUGACAUCAAGAAGCCGGCCGUCAGUCAUCCCGCUGACUUUCAUCCCAGAGGUCAGAUCACCUUUUUGACACCAGCUCGUCAUGGAGUGCUGAAGCGACUCCUUCACAUGCAUGCUGAUGACCAGGGAGGGAUGCUGAGGUUUGGUGCUGGUCUGGUGAAUGAGAUUUAUCAGGACAACUCUCUGGGUGCCCAUAUUAAUGUUGUCCUGGUUAGAAUCAUGAUGCUCUGCUCCUCCAAGUCUAUGGGUUUGAUUGAGCUGGGCAACGCUGCUCAGAGUCUGGAGAAUGUCUGUCGCUGGGCUUUCCUGCAGCAAAAAGAGGACAAGAAUGAUGCAGAAUACCACGAUCAUGCCAUUUUCCUCACCAGACAAGAGUUUGGGCCCACUGGCAUGCAAGGUUAUGCUCCUGUUACAGGAAUGUGUCACCCUGUGAGAAGUUGCACUCUGAACCAUGAGGAUGGCUUCUCGUCAGCUUUUGUUGUGGCCCAUGAGACAGGACAUGUACUGGGGAUGGAGCAUGAUGGCCAGGCGAAUGAGUGUGGGGAUGAGGUUCCAAUGGGCAGUAUAAUGGCUCCUCUGGUUCAAGCAGCCUUCCACCGCUUUCAUUGGUCCCGAUGCAGUGAACAGGAGCUCAGGCGAUACCUCAAUACAUAUGACUGUCUCCGUGACGACCCCUUUGAUCAUGAGUGGCCAACUCUGCCCCAGCUGCCUGGUCUGCAUUACUCUAUGAACGACCAGUGCCGCUUUGACUUCGGCAUGGGCUACAUGAUGUGCACUGCGUACAGCACCUACGAUCCUUGCAAGCAGCUGUGGUGCAGCCACCCCGAGAACCCUUUCUUUUGCAAGACCAAGAAGGGCCCUCCUAUCGACGGGACCAAGUGUGCAACAGGAAAGCAAUGUUUUAAGGGUCACUGUAUCAAGCUGACACCAGACAUUCUUAGGCAGGAUGGUCACUGGGGUCAGUGGACCAAGUUUGGCUCCUGUUCUCGUACCUGUGGUGGUGGAGUACGGUUCCGCACUCGUGAGUGUAACAACCCAAGUCCAGCCAACGGGGGGCGCACUUGUUAUGGAAACAACUAUGAGUUCCAGCUCUGUAACAUGGAAGAGUGUGCAAAGGCCCUAGCUGACUUUAGAGAGGAGCAGUGCGAGAUGUGGAACCCCCACUUUGAGCAUGAGGGCAUCAAACACCAUUGGCUGCCCUACGAGCACCCUGAAUCUGAAGAAAGAUGUCAACUGUACUGCCAGUCAAAAGAGACCGGAGACGUGAUAUCCAUGAAGAGAAUGGUGCAUGAUGGCACACGUUGUUCCUACAAAGACCCUUACAGCGUGUGUGUGCGCGGGGAAUGUGAGAAAGUGGGCUGUGACAAUGUUAUAGCCUCGGAGCUAGAGGAUGAUAAGUGUGGCGUGUGUGGAGGAGACAACUCCACCUGCAAGACUGUCAAAGGAAAUUUCACCCGCAGCACGAGGAAACCAGGUUUUCUGAAGAUCCUGGAGAUUCCUAGAGGAGCACGCCACAUACAGAUCCGUGAAUUCAAAGGAACUCCACAUAUUCUAGCGGUGAAGAACCAGGCCACAGAUCAUAUCUUUCUGAAUGACGAGGGUGAUUUUCCUGAGUCACGUACAGUAAUUGAAAAAGGUUUGGCGUGGGAGUACACUAACAAUGAUGAUAUGGAGACGGUCCAGACCACCGGACCACUCAAAUAUGGAGUUCUCAUUAUGGUCCAGUCUCAGAGCAUUUCUAAAGUCACGCUUUCAUACAAAUACAUCCUGCCAGAAGAUCCGCUCUCCUCAAUGGAGAACACCCUGCCUCAGGACGACACAAUUUACUUCGAGUGGGCUCUCAGGAAGUGGUCGCACUGCUCCAAGCCAUGUGGCGGAGUGAAACAGUACACACGUUUUGGGUGCCGGAGGAAGUCGGAUGGCAAAAUGGUACACCGCACACUCUGCGCCAACAUACCCAAACCUCGCGCCAUCAGUCGAGCCUGCAACCAGAAGGAGUGCUCAGAACCAAUCUGGGUGACAGGAGAAUGGGAGGAGUGCAGUAAAUCAUGUGGUAAGACCGGUUCUCAGACCCGACCCGUGCGCUGUGUGAGAUCUGAACUGGACGGUUCAUACAAAGCCAUCAAUGCUAAGUAUUGCAAUGACGACCGGCCUGAAGGGCGACGACCCUGUAACCGUCAGCUAUGCCCUGCACAGUGGAGAACUGGACCUUGGUCUCAGUGCUCAGUGACCUGUGGUAAUGGGACUCAGGAGCGGCAAGUCCUGUGCAGCACCCCUGAUAAUGCCAUCGGCAUCUGCAUGGACAUCAAGCCCGAGAGCAUCAGAUCAUGUCUGCUUGCUCCGUGUCCAAAUGACAGAGGGAAUUUCCUCAUCCAGUGGCUCUCCAGAGCAAACCCCGAGUUCCCAGCUCCGAAGAUCUCCUCAAGAUCCCGCUGUAAAGGAGACAAGUCUGUGUUCUGUCGGAUGGAGGUUCUCAGUAAGUACUGCUCCAAUCCGGGCUACAGGCAGAUGUGCUGCAAGUCCUGCAACGAGGGCAACUACACCUCUGAAUUCAACCUGACGAGACCCUGGAUGUACACCAUUGUCGCCCCUCCCAUAACUCCCACCGCAACGGCUCCUGUUCUCACAACACAGCUGUAUAGAACUUCACAGAAGCCUGGCACAACAAUCACAGCAUCAUUCAGCAGAUGGAGAAACAUCAGCACUGAGCCCACAUCUUGGGGCUACACAUCCACUGUGAACCCAAUAACCCUAAAACCAGGAACCACAGUCCCUUUCACCAUUGGUUCUGUCACUGUGCACACUAAGCAUCCCAGCACACUCGACUACGAAGAGGAAACCAGCACCCCGUUCUACGAGGACGAAACCUGGAGCGAUAUCUCAACUGAACACUUCUCAGAAUCUGAAUCAUCAGAGUUUGUAGAGCCUUGGCCAACCACUCCACAAUAUACAAGCACACUUGAGAAUAAAAACAUCGGGACAACGUUUGUGACAACGCUGCAGCCUAAUGUUACUGCAACAAGCCCUCCUGCCAUAAUCAGUCUCCAUCGGUCAGAAGACAAGAAGGAGAAUAACUCCAUCGACGUGUCCUACAGGAUUGCCAGUCCAAACGAAGUUGCACUCAACCACUUUGUCCCCAGAAAGCGAGUGUCGUUCCGUGAGAAAACGCAUAAUAAAAGAAUUCAAGAGCUCCUUGCAGAGAAAAGACAACAAGACUUCCUGCUUCAAAGACUGAAACGAAAACCAGGAGACUGAUACAUUUCCUUUAUCCCUGUGGUAUUUUGUGAGUAUAUUUUUAAGUGGUUUUACGGCCUCUACACUCUUUCUUGGCAUUUGCAAUAUUUUUACAGGAAAUAACCUCAGAUCUCAAUCUUUCAUGUAGUAUCUGUUCAAGGCAUCUGAUCGGAAAGAAAAAUGACCCUAUAAGGCCUUUUUUUUUUUUUGAGGAUGACAUUUUCCUAGGGGUUUACCACAUUUGGCUAUUUUAUUGGGGUGAAUACAGGGGCGUAAGAAGCUGUCUGUUGUGAAGGUCUGACAGUUUAAGCUUAAAACGAUUUUUCUAGUCCUCUACAAUUGUUGUACAUGAUCCCAAUGAGAUCUUGGGUAAAAGAGUCAUGGCACACUGUGUGAUGUUAGCAGUCAGACUGUAUGAUACACAUCCAGGAUUUUGGUCCCAGUGGUGCUGUUGACAGCAUAUACGAGUGGUCACCGCACAGCUGCAACAAAAUUUCACCGCCAGAACUUCAUUGGAGGCUGAGAAUCGUGAAGCGAAGAAAUCAUCUGAUGGUGAAUACACGUCAUGCAAAAAGCUCACAUUUUGUGCUACAGAAAUUGUAUGAUCCCGAAAUUAG